GCAACGUCGGUUCCGUGGACAGCUGCCGCCCACCGCCAUGUUCCUCACGGCCCUCCUCCGCCGCGGCCGCAUUCCGGGCCGGCAGUGGACCGGGAAGCACCGGCGGCCGCGGUUCGUGUCCUCGGGGGCGAAGCAGAGGAUGAUCCGUCGCUUGGAGAUCGAGAGCGAGAACCACUACUGGCUGAGCAUGCCUUACCUGACGGCGGAGCAGGAGUACGGCCACGCCGCCGAGCGCAGGGCCCAGGCCUUCGAGGCCAUCAAGGCGGCCGCCACCUCCAAGUUCCCCCCGCAUAGAUACCUGGCCGACCAGCUCAGCCACCUCAACGUCACCAAGAAGUGGUCCUAACCCCCAGCCAGCACUUCGAGCCUACCGGGGAUGCAUCGCCGCCUUAUCCUGGAACUGAAAGAGCAAAACUGUCACCAUGUGAGCCUCCAGACCCGAGUCUUAUGAAAACAAACAGGACCCCCUUUGUACAACAGCUUCAUUAUAACAGUAAAAUGAUGUCGAAAUGUGGGGCUCUGAUCGCCCACAUACUUAAACACAUAUGCCACUGCU